AACGUUUAAAGAAACGAUAGUGAACGAAGUUAAAGAAGAUCUGACAAAUAAACAAAUUCAGUGAACAAGUUAAAUUCCACUGAUGAUAUUUGAAGCAUGGAAUUCUCUCAGUCGUGGUACUAAUAUAUAAUGUCAAGGCAUCAACAAUUCACCAUCACAGAGAGCUAUGCCCUUAGGUCACUGUGACCCAAGUGAUACAUAGAGGGUCACUACAACAGGACCACUCCAACCUGUAAAGACAUCGCAAACUGGGUGACAACUCAUAAAUCAUCAUAGCUGCGCAGGGCGAGACGGGAACCAGCUCAGAAGUAAAACGGAAGUUACAAGAGUUACGUAUCUUGGUGUCAUGCGCAUUAGCGUGCAUACUUUUCGGGUAGGUAAGGUUUGACAUAAGUGUAUCGAAAUAAACGACAGCAAGAAAUUCUAAACAGGUCAAGCGGAUAGGACACAACAACACAACCUAGCCAUGGCUCAUCUUCAGCUCAAGGAGGGAGAGUAUACAUCAACUAUUUAUGGAUUGAUCAAGGAUCAGCGCUAUAAUGAAGCAGUACAACUGCUCAACAACCAGUUACAGAGUCAUCCAAAGUCUCGGUCAGCCCUGUCCUUGCUGGCCUACUGCUACUACCAGAUGCAGGACUUUGUGAACGCAGCUGACAGUUAUGAACAGCUGACACUGAUGCAGCCGGAAGUGGAGGAGUAUCGUCUGUACUAUGCCCAGGCCCUGCAUAAAGCCUGUCUCUACCAGGAAGCCAUGAAAGUGGCCUGUCAGAUCGACAAUCCAGCUUACCAGGGACAGAUUACCAAGCUGCAGGCAGCCAUCAAGUAUGGAGAGGAGGAUCUGCCUGGAGCCAAGAGCUUGGUGGAGCAGUGCCCUGCUGAUGACCCUGACACGGAGGUCAACUUCGGCUGUCUCCUGUUCAAGGAAGGGAGAUUUGAGGAGGCUUGUCAGAAGUUCUCUACUGCCAUGCAGAUUGUGGGCUACAAGCCGGACCUGUCUUACAAUAUAGCUCUGUGUCACUACAUGAUGAAGCAGUAUGCCCCGGCCCUCAAACACAUCGCAGACAUCAUAGAGAGGGGCAUCCGGGAACACCCAGAACUUAGUGUUGGCAUGACAACGGAGGGUAUUGAUGUACGCAGCGUCGGUAACACACUGACCCUCCAUGAGACAGCACUGAUCGAGGCCUUCAAUCUCAAGGCGGCCAUUGAAUACCAACUGAAAAACUUUGAGGCAGCUUGCGAGGCCUUGACAGAUAUGCCACCACGAUCAGAAGAGGAGUUGGACGCAGUGACUCUGCACAACCAGGGUCUAAUGAACAUGGAGCAGAAUGCCACACAGGGAUUCCAGAAGAUGCAGUUCCUGCUGCAGCAGAACCCCUUCCCUCCGGAGACAUUCGGCAACCUUCUACUGCUCUACAUCAAGUACGAGUACUAUGAUCUAGCAGCUGAUGUCUUGGCUGAGAAUGCCCAUCUCACAUACAAGUACCUCACCCCGUACCUGUAUGACUUCCUCGAGGCAGUCAUCACACGACAGACUUCCCCGGAAGAGGCAUAUCGCAAGCUGGACGAGAUGGCCUCCAAACAAACAGAAACACUUCGCAAGCUAACUAAACAGGUCCAGGAAGCCAGACAGAAUCACGACGACGAUGCAGUCAAGCGAGCUGUUAACGAGUAUGAUGAGGCCCUGGAGAGGUAUAUCCCCAUCCUGAUGCAGCAGGCUAAGAUCUACUGGGACAUGGAGAACUACCAGCAGGUGGAGAAGAUAUUCCGCAAGUCUGUUGAGUUCUGUAACGAGCAUGAUGCGUGGAAGCUGAACGUUGCACAUGUGCUCUUCAUGCAGGAGAACAAAUACAAGGAGGCAACAGGCUUCUAUGAGCCCAUUGUCAAGAAGAACUAUGACAAUCUACUGAGUGUCAGUGCCAUCGUCCUGGCCAAUCUAUGUGUCUCCUACAUCAUGACGAGCCAGAACGAGGAGGCAGAGGAACUGAUGAGGAAGAUCGAAAAAGAGGAGGAGCAGGUUGCGUAUGAAGAUCCAGACAAGAAGAUAUACCACCUGUGUAUUGUCAACCUUGUUAUAGGAACUCUGUACUGUGCCAAGGGCAACUAUGAGUUCGGCAUCUCACGAGUCAUCAAAAGCCUGGAGCCAUACAACAAGAAGCUUGGCACAGACACCUGGUUCUAUGCUAAACGCUGCUUCCUCUCGCUCAUAGAAAACAUGACCAAACACAUGAUCAUGAUCAGGGACUCCGUCAUUCAGGAGUGCAUCCAGUUCCUGGAGUGCUGUGAAUUGUACGGGCGUGAUGUGAAAGCUGUUAUAGAGCAGCCGUUGGAGGAAGAACCAAUGCAUCCUGGGAGAAACACUGUUGCUUUUGAAGCUCGACUUCUCAAAAGUAUUCUGCUUCAACUGAACUAGGAGCUAUGUCCAGAGAGUUCAGUAUGAGGGAGUCCUAGUGUUACUCCUUCAGUGGUCUGCUACUCUGAUCCCCAGUAGGUGGAUGUGAAACUAACAAACAUGCUAAUGUUUACAACUCCAUAAACCCCAAAGUUUGUAAAAGUCAGUUCAUCUAAAUGUGCAUGCCAAACAUAACUGCCUAAGACUGAAUAUUUAAUGAUUGACAUGCGAAAAACUAGACAAGCAUCUUUCAGCGCAAUAAUUCAAAACAAGCCGCACCGUUUCUAUGAUCAACCAAUUAAGAUUCUUAAUUAUGGCAUUCAACAUGUGAAUUAAUACAUGUAUCCCAUUUCCACAGUUUGUCCAUGUUGAGACACCUUCUUAACUUUCCUGUUCAUAUUAACAGAAAUAUUUGAGUAUUGUCAUCACCUACUGGGUGAUCUAGUACCUAUCCCACUGACCAUCUGCAUUAUAGAAAUGUAAUCCCAGCAUGUUAAAACAUGGUUAAUGGCACUCAGUAGGUGACCUUGGGGGACAACCAUCAUGAAUAUUCCGUCCACAGUGUCCUCUACAGCAGCUUUGUGGAGCCGACAUGUUCCUGUGAUAUCGACUUGUACAUACAAUAAACUACACUACCUAACCUAGAGUCUGUUUUCCUGGUGUCCAUGGAGGAACUAGUCCACAGUGACCUCUACGGCAGCUUUGUGGAGCCAACAUGUUCCUGUGAUAUCAACUUGUACAUACAAUAACCUACACUACCUAACCUAGAGUCUGUUUUCCUGGUGUCCAUGGAGGAACUAGUCCACAGUGACCUCUACGGCAGCUUUGUGGAGCCGACAUGUUCCUGUGAUAUCGACUUGUACAUACAAUAAACUACACUGCCUAA